CAGCCUCGAAAGAAGUGCACCGAAUCGUCAUCUUCGUGGGCCGCAUUGGAUAUUUUCAAAAAUGACGAUCCUCCUGGAUAUUACUCUCUGUGCCGUGCUCGCGGUGAUCGGGUACUACGUUUUCGAAAUCGCGAGGCUUGUGUACGCGUUCAGAGGUAUUCCGAGGCUGCACGAGAGCUUUCCUUGUUCGUUACCGCUGGAUCUCAUCUUCUCGAUGCGGCGCCUCAGAAAGAAAGUGAAGAAGCAGCCUGAGAAAGCCGUCACGCACGAGUCGAAGACGAAAAUGUAUCCACGAUGGCUCUUCAAAGCGAUGGACGUUAUGGUCCCGCAGUACUACGAUCAGCCUGUGGUCUGUUGCCUAAUCGGACCGAAGGGAUUCGUUCUCGCGUGUACUCCCGAAAGCGUUGAAGCAAUCUUGUCCAAUGUUUCAAAUGUCAACAAGGGAUUCAGCCAUCAUUUCCUCAAACCCUGGCUGGGGAAUGGUUUGCUAUCCAACCCCGGCGAUACCACCUGGAAGGUACAUCGGAAAAUGCUCACGCCCACGAUGCAUUUUCGAAUUUUGGACGAUUAUCGUCAAACCAUGAACGAGAACGCACUACGGUUCGUCGAUAAGCUUCGCCGAUUGAACAAUGAGCAAGUCGAUAUCUACCCCUUGAUCCGGAUGUGCACAUUCAGCAUACUUUUCGAAACCGCCUUCGGGAUUCGAUUGGACGAGAACGAUCCAGAACACCUGAAUUUCCUCGGCGACUGCGAUGAGUUGGCUGACCGGAUUCUCGCGAGGAUCAUAAAUAUUCCACAUUGGUUCGACUCGGUUUUCCGGCAUACUUCGGCUGGACGCCAAAUGGAAGCUGCCAGUCUAAGGAUUACCGAUUAUAUAUAUAAGGUCAUCGAUAUGAAACUGGCUUCGCUCGAGAAUAACAACGAGAUGGGGAAGAGUUUCAUCGAUACCGUCAUCAAAAUGCACCAAGAUGGUCUCUUGAGCCGUCAUGACGUUCGGGAUCAUGUCGCAACCUUCAUUGUCGGGGGUUUCGACACAACCGCGACGGCAAUGGCCUACACCCUCCAUCUCCUGGCUCACCAUCCGGAAAUGCAAGAAGAACUGCUCAACGAAGUUGAAAGCGUCGUCACUGAUGACGCGAGUGUUUCGAAGGAGCAAUUGAAGAUGUUGACCUUGACCGAGGCUGUCACCAAGGAAUCGAUGCGACUCUUCCCCCCGCUGCCAAUGAUAACUCGGAAUGUCAGUAAGCCCGUCCGCGUUGGGAAACAUGUGAUACCUUCAGGCACGGUGGGCCUGGUCGACAUUUUCCACCUCCAUAGGAACCCCUGCGUCUGGGAGGAUCCGGAAAAAUUCAAGCCCUCCAGAUUCCUCGACUCGAAAAACAGGCAUCCCUACAGCUUCGUGCCAUUCUCUGCAGGACCGAGAAACUGCAUCGGUCAGAAAUUCGCGAAUCAAGAAGACAAAAUUCUCCUCGCUCACAUCGUUAAGAACUUCACGCUGCACACGGACCAAGCAAGCGACGAUCUUCGAUUGAGCUUCGAUCUGAUCCUCAGACCACUCAACGGCAUAUCGAUUCGUUGUCAGCCGCGGACCGUUUGAGCACCUCCGCACAGCUUCGAGGAGGCAUCGAUGUCCCGGAAAAAGAAAUUGUUCUGUUUCGCUCGGCGAGAUGAAUUUUUCCGAGACCAAACCUAUGUGAUCGCAGGGAGCCGAGACUCCAACAGUGUAUCCGAAUCGUGAUCGGCUCGUGGUCGCGACUCUCAAAAUAAGGAGAGUACGCUGUCGCUCCCCAAGAAUAUUCCCAAGACUCAGCGUGACGAGAUCAGAAAUAUACGGUUUCGUAAAAUCUAGAAUCUCGAAUUUGACCCUGUUUGUCGAACACUGAAGAAAUCCUGAGCGUCCAUCGAAUAAAUUGAACUUGGAA